GGGGAGGGAAGAAGAAGCCGAAAGCGGCCCCGGCCAUGGCCACGGCACCGGCGAGCUCGGGCUCGACCCCGGAUUCAGCUCCGGGCUCGACUCCGGGCUCGGCUCCGGGUUCUUUCCCCCCGGAGCUGGCGGCCGUGCCCAUGGUGGCUCUGAACUACGGCGUGAGGCGCCGCCUCGGUCUCUACCUCAACCCCCGCGCCGCCGCCGCCGCCGACUGGACGGCGCUGGCCGAGGAGCUGGGCUGCGAAUAUUUGGAGAUCCGGCGGCUGGAGGCUCUGCCAGACCCCACCGGGGCUCUGCUGGACGAGUGGCAGAGCCGCUGCCCCGGCGGGGCCACCGUGGGCCGCCUGCUCGAGCUGCUGAGGCAGCUGGAGCGCCACGACGUCUUGGUUGACCUGGCGGCCAGCGUGGAGGAGGACUGCAAGAAGUACUUGAAGAGGAAGCAGCAGCAAGCCGAGCAGCCGCUGCAGGUGCCAGCCGUCGACAGCAGCGUGCCGAAAACGUCGGAGCUGAUGGGCAUCACCACCAGGGACGAUCCGUACGGGAACGGAACGGAGCUGUUUGAUGCCUUCAUCUGCUACUGUCAGAAAGACCUCCAGUUUGUCCAGGAGAUGAUCAGGGAGCUGGAACAAACAGAGUUCAAGCUGAAGCUCUGUGUCUUUGACCGGGACGUCUUGCCAGGAACGUGCGUGUGGUCCAUCAGCGGAGAGCUUAUAGAAAGGAGGUGUCGGAGGAUGGUGGUCGUCAUUUCAGACGAUUACCUGGAAAGCGACGAAUGCGACUUUCAGACCAAAUUUGCUCUUAGCCUUUCCCCAGGCGCUCGUCUCAAGCGGCUGAUUCCCGUGAAGUGCAAAGCCAUGAAGAACGAGUUCCCGAGUAUCCUGCGGUUCAUCACAAUCUGUGAUUACACCAAUCCUUGCACCAAAAAAUGGUUCUGGACAAGACUGGCCAAAUCCCUCAUGCUGCCAUGACGCGAAGCUACGAGUUCCAGCUGCUCUUUUUUUAAUUUUUCCUGACUUUGCCUUCGGGACCACGGUGUCGCUUGCACGGUGCCUUUUACCACUGCAGAACUUGGAGCCUCACCAUCAGUGCUUGGAGCCGGCGACUGGGAGCAAAGAAUUUUUUCUUCUGCUUUUUCUUAACCUGUACGGGGAGAUAAAGGAACUGCCCGGGUGUUCCUCUUCGGGUCAGUGAGCAACAGCACCCGGCAUUUCGUGUAGUAAGAACUUCUACUGGAGAUAGAGGAAAUACACAUUUAAAAACUGAGUCACUAACAUGAGAAGGCCAAUUAUAAGCAUUUAGUGAAACCUGGGAACAUAAAAUGCUGGUGUAAGAUAGGAAAUGCCUCAAACUGCAGGCUUUUGUAAACAAAAUUGUCGUGCUAUUUUAAAAGCUCUCUAAGGGCUGCAGUGACGUUUAGGGUUGGUUUCUUUUUAACACGUCAGUGAAAUCCCACGGCUGCUCGGUGAUCUGCAGGAGGGGAGGCUUCGGACUCCAGUUCCCAGUUUGGGAAUGGCCAGCACCAGCAGAACGACCAAUUGUGACACCAAAAUCAGCCACGUCUUCUGGUCUGGUUUUUCACCUCAAUUCUUAGCAAUAUCAGGAAAAUCGGAGCUGUUAUCCUUGCAAUUUGAACUGAUGCAGAAUCACUGAACUCGGCUUUAUUUUCCGCGGAUGUUUCCAUCCUUCGGCUCUCUCACAGGAUUCCCGUUCCGUGUUCAUUUACAGCGUGAAUCCCUUGGCACCAGCGCUUCCUGAGGUAGUUCCUCAGGUUUGACAGAAGUGAUUUUUUUUGCUUAUUGAAGCGAGAAGUGCGAGGAAGGACGCGCUCUGGCAGCGUGUCUGCCCGUGUUCAGGUGACAUCUGAUUAAGUAGCUUGUCUUACACCAGGAUUUUAUACUCCCAGGCCUUGUUAAACAUUUACAACAGACACUUGUUAUUAGAGAAUCAGUCUUUAAACCUGUAUUUUCAGGGGGAGGCCUUGCCACACAAAGUGCAGGGUGCUUUUGCUCACUGAUUUGAAGAGGAACAGAGCUGGGCACCUCCGUGGGUCCGGCUCUUAAACUGUGUGACCUUUAAGAGCCUGCCAGAAGUACAUCAGCUUUUGGGAUGCCUCAAAGGCACGGGGAUAAAUAUCAAAUA